AUGGAUGACUUGACACGAAUAACUUCUGUGAGAAGGCAGAAAACACAGGAAGACCCUGAUGAAGACUACGAAGAAAACCAUAGUAUAAGGGAGAUACCGAGAACGAUACCUAAUAUUGAUGUUUAUAUGCAAUCUAAGCUCAAUGCGUCUAAGCAAGGUAGGACUGUAAGUACUGUACAAAAUCCAUUUUUCAAAACAAGAAGUAACGCAUUUAGUGAGCCAAGUGAUGAUGUAAGUAAAUUUGAUACAUAUUACAGUGAUGUUGAUAAUUUGCAUGAUACAGUUAACGAAAACGGUCCAAACAAUAUCUUUAAAGAUUAUGUGAAAAAGAAUAGUGGGUAUGCACAGAUCACUAAUAUUGAUAAGCCAAUCAGACUAGAAAGUAAGCCUAAAGUCGAUAAUCAGGAUAAAUUAUGGGAAGAAUUGGAUGCAUUGAAUGAUGUUCGAAAGACAGCACAGCAAAACGAUCUAUAUGGCGGAUUUUCUGAUGAAUUUAGAGAUAGUAUACAGAAAAUAAGACAAGCACACAGCAAACUGAUACAAUUUCUUCGCGAGAAGAAUGCUAAAUUAGAAGAAAAGCAGAGAAGGGAGGUUGCUGCUGCUGGAGUAAUGGGUACGGUAGGAUCUACAUCUGAUAGCGGUAGUAGUAACUUGCGGCCCAGCCCAACAAAAGCUGCAGCUGAGGAUGGACUCAGCGCUAUUGGAGCUACCGUUGACCCAGAAGAGGGUAAAUACACAGAGCAACUGGUUUCAACUAUCAGGGCACUACAUCCUUGA